AUGUCAACAGAAACAGACGCACAAGCCCUGACAGGCAAGGCAAAGAAGGCCAAGCGUUCCGAGGAGAGAUACAAGAAGAACAAGAAGACCAAGACCGAGACAACGACCGAGGACACACCAAAGACCGACGAGCCCGUCGCAGAAGCAGACACCAAGACUGCUGACUCGGAGAAGGCCUCGUCCAAGAAGCGCAAGCGAUCGCAAGAAGACAAGGAGCAAGUGCCGACCGAAGACGCAGCUCCCGUAGAAGCAAAGCAACAAAAGAAGCGCAAGAAGGAGCCGUCGGCCAACAAGGAGCCCUUGGCCAAAAAGGCCGGAGACGCAACGACAACAGAGGGCGAAGAUGCAGCAGCAAAGAACCAGCGCUUCAUCGUCUUCAUCGGCAACCUCCCAUUCACAGCAACAACCGAGCAGAUUACCGAGCACUUUGCAUCCAUCCAACCGCAAUCCGUGCGUCACUCUACCGAAAAGGGCACAAACAAGAGCAAGGGAUUUGCGUUCCUCGAGUUUGCAAACUAUGAUCGCAUGAAGACGUGUCUGAAGUUGUACCACCACAGCAUGUUUGACAGCGGUGUCGGCGGCGAGAGAGGCAAGCGUAGGAUCAAUGUCGAGCUUACGGCUGGAGGCGGUGGCAGCAAGUCAGAGGGCAGAAAGGAGAAGCUCAAGGAGAAGAACGUCAGACUGAAUGAGCAGAGACAGAGGAGAGCAGAGGCCGAGGCCAAGCAGGAGAAGCGCAAGGCAGCAAAGGAGGCCAAAAAGGGCGGCGCUCCUGGAGGUGACAAGGCAGACGAAGCACCCGAGGCCGAGGUGGAUGCAGGAGCCCAGGAAGGCAUACAUCCUGCUAGACUGGCCAUGUUGAACAGGAUAAACAACAAGUACUAG